AUGGGCGACUGGAGCUUCCUGGGCAACAUCCUGGAGGAGGUCAACGAGCACUCGACCGUCAUCGGGCGCGUCUGGCUCACGGUGCUCUUCAUCUUCCGCAUCCUCAUCCUGGGCACGGCCGCCGAGUUCGUGUGGGGCGACGAGCAGUCGGACUUCGUGUGCAACACGCAGCAGCCGGGCUGCGAGAACGUGUGCUACGACGAGGCCUUCCCCAUCUCGCACAUCCGCCUGUGGGUGCUGCAGAUCAUCUUCGUGUCCACGCCGUCGCUCAUGUACGUGGGCCACGCCGUGCACCACGUGCGCGUGCAGGAGAAGCGCCGGGAGCGCGAGGCCGCGGGGCCGCCGGCCGAGGCCGAGCGCGCCGAGCAGGGCAGCGUGCGCAAGGGCGGCAGCGGCCAGGGCGCCAAGAAGUUCCGGCUGGAGGGCACGCUGCUGCGGACCUACCUCUGCCACAUCGUCUUCAAGACGCUCUUCGAGGUGGGCUUCGUGGUGGGCCACUACUUCCUCUACGGCUUCCGCAUCCUGCCGCUCUACCGCUGCAGCCGCUGGCCCUGCCCCAACGUGGUGGACUGCUUCGUGUCCAGGCCCACCGAGAAGACCAUCUUCAUCCUGUUCAUGCUGUCUGUGGCCUCCGUGUCCCUCUUCCUCAACAUCGUGGAGAUGAGCCACCUGGGCCUCAAGGGCAUCCGCUCGGCCCUCGGGAGGCCGGCGGAGCCGCCGCUGGCCGAGAUGCCCGAGAAGUCCCUGCACUCCAUCGCCGUCUCCUCCAUCCAGAAAGCCAAGGGCUACCAGCUCCUGGAGGAAGAGAAGAUCGUGUCCCACUACUUCCCCUUGGCCGAGGUCGGCGUGGUGGAGACCAGUCCCCUUUCGGCCCAGCCUUUCGGUCAGUUUGAGGAGAAGAUGGGCGCGGGGCCGCUGGCGGACCUGGCCCGGGGCUACCCAGAGACGCUGCCCUCCUACGCGCAGGUGGGCGCCCAGGAGGGCGCCGGGGAGGAGCCGCCCGUGGAGGAGGGAGCAGAGCCGCAAGUCGGGGAGAAGCCGCGAGAGGGCCAGAGGGCCACCCUGGAAGGGCAGGACGCAGUGGCCGUGCCAGACGGGGACAGAGUAGAGAGCCCGGGAGUGGGAAAGGAGGGUGGCCCAGAAGAGCUGCCGGCUGAGAAGAUGACCAAGCCGGGGCUGUCGGCAGAGAAGGCGCCUUCCCUGUGUCCGGAGCUGACCGCUGACGAGGCCCGGCCCCUGAGCCGGCUGAGCAAAGGCAGCAGCCGGGCCCGGUCAGAUGACCUGACCAUAUGA